UUCCCAUUUGAGCGGCUGCCCUGGAAGGUGCAGGCAAGCAUCUUCCACAUGUGGCUGUUCAAGUACGGCCAGCUGGUCCACGCCUUUUCAAGGCUCGACCCGUUCGAGCAACCCGCCGCCUUCCCCAACGACGAAGAGCUGGGACGACAGACGGGCUUCAAGCACGUCUUCUACUGGGGGAGCAGCCGGUGCAACAUCACGCACGACUGCUUCGACCCCAACGACGUGCUGCGGGUGCUGCUCGUCAGCAAGCGGUUCCUAUUCAUUGGCGCGCACUGUUUCUACGGGCUCAACACGUUCGCCUUCUCGAGCCUGGGCGAGUUCGCGCGCUUCAGCCACGGCAUCGGCUACGCGCGGCUCGACCGGCUGCAGCACGUCGAGAUCACGCUCGUCGGCAGCCAGUACGUCACCGAGCCGGCCGACGCUAAAGACCGAACCCCCUUCUCGCAGCGUACGCACGCGCUGACCUGGCUGCCCGACUGCCACCGCCUACGCACGCUCGUAUUCCACAUCAACGAGAGCGGCAAGAACUACGUCCGGCGCAGGUACGAGCCGGACGCGCUCAAGGAGUUCAUGGCUGAGAAAACCAACGGCCAGCCCAACAAGCGCAUACUGCGGUCGCUACGCUGCGUGCAGGGCAUCGACUACGUGUACCAGCUACGCGGGCUGUCGUGUAUCCGCUUCUACGACCUGUUCAAGGCGGCCCAGCAGCAGCCCAGCGGCAGCAACAGCGGCGAGCGCACGCCCGUGGAAGACUGGUCCAUCAUUGAGGACAUUAACAACACGGGCACCAUGGCUAAGGGGGCCAGCCGGCGCGAGUACUCGCAGCUAGAAAACCUGCAGCCGCUGCUCAAGGACGAGCGGCCGCCGGUCUGGCAGCCCGGCGCCGACGACUGGGCGGCCGUGAAGUCCGUCUUUAUU